AUGAAGUAUAUCGUCCCCGCUCUUUCCAUGCUGGCCAUGGCCGUGGCCCAGCAAGUUGGCACUGAGGACCCUGAAGUUCACCCUAAGAUGAACUGGUCCGACUGUUCCUCUGGAACCUGCACCAACAAGAACGGUGAGGUCGUCAUUGACGCCAACUGGCGCUGGGUGCACGAAGUUGGUGGAUACGAGAACUGCUACGAGGGAAACAAGUGGACGAACAAGUGCUCCGGCGCUGAUGACUGCGCGAAGAAGUGUGCCGUCGAAGGAGCUGAUUACGGCGCCACCUACGGUGUCUCUACCAGCGGCAAUGCCUUGACAUUGAAGUUUGUCCAGCAGCACGCCUACGGCAAGAACGUCGGAUCCCGCAUGUACCUGAUGAACGGAGAGUCCAAGUAUCAGAUGUUCAAGCUUUUGAACAACGAGUUCGCCUUUGACGUGGACCUGUCCACUGUUGAGUGCGGCAUGAACAGCGCUCUCUACUUCGUUGCCAUGCACGAGGACGGUGGCCUGUCCACCGACACCAACAACAAGGCCGGUGCCAAGUAUGGUACUGGUUACUGCGAUGCGCAGUGCGCUCGCGACUUGAAGUUUAUCAACGGCAGGGGUAACAUUGAGGGCUGGGAACCCUCCAAGACCGACUCCAGCGCUGGUGUUGGAAACCUUGGUGCCUGCUGUGCCGAGAUUGACGUUUGGGAGUCCAACAAGGCGGCCUAUGCCCUUACUCCCCACCCUUGUCUUGACAACAACUACCACGUCUGCGAGAAAGACACUUGCGGUGGCACCUACUCUGACGACCGCUACGGUGGUGGCUGCGAUGCCAACGGCUGUGACUACAACCCGUACCGCAUGGGCAACAAGGACUUCUACGGACCUGGCAAGACCAUCGACACCACCAAGAAGUUCACGUACAUAUCCAACAGUGUCAUUACCCGAUUCGAGCCCGACCGCAUGUACCAGGUCUUCAUCCAGGACGGCAAGACCAUCGAGGUUCCCGGAGCCAAGUUUGACGGUAUUCCUGGUGAGAGUGCCGACAUCACUCCCGAAUUCUGCAGGUCUCAGUUCUCCGUCUUUGGUGAGCGUGACCGCUUCAACGAGGUUGGAGGCUACCCCCAGCUCAACGCCGCCCUCGAGAUCCCCAUGGUUUUGGUCAUGUCCAUCUGGAGCGACCACUACGCCAACAUGCUCUGGCUCGACUCCAGCUACCCCGUCGACCGUGCCGGCGAGCCUGGUGUCGACCGUGGUCCUUGCCCUACCACCUCCGGCGUUCCUGCAGAUGUCAUUAACCAGUUCCCAAACUCGCAGGUCAUCUGGUCGAACGUCAAGUUCGGUCCCAUUGGAAGCACCUACAAUGUCUAG